AUGCCGAAGGCCGUGCCGGCGCUCUGCGAGGCCGCGGCGGGCGCCAGGUCGGAGAUCCGCGACGCCGCCAGGCAGGUGCUGGAGCUGAUCGGGGAGGCCAUUGGCCACCGGGACGUUCGCCCGCAGGUGCCAGCGCUGAUCGCCGCGCUCUGCGAUCCCUCCGAGGGCCUCGUCACCAGGGCCCUCGACGGGCUGCUCGGCGCGGUGUACACCACGCCGCUCGACGGCUCCUGCUGCGCCCUGGUGUGCCCCGUCGUGGCGAGGGCCCUCGCGCGCGGCGACGGCGAGCUGCGCAAAAAGGGGCUGAACUUUGUCAGGACGCUUGCGCAGUUCGCGGAGGGCGGGUCGGACGAGCUCGGCCCGUACAUCGAGUCGUUCCAGGCGCAGCUCUCGGUGCUCAUCGCCGAUCCCACGCCUGCCGUGCGCGACGCCGCCGCGACCGCCGUGGGCGUGCUGGCGUCGCUGCAGGGCGAGGGCGGCGAGGACGGCGAGGCUGGCUGGUCAGGCUCGCUGCUGGCCCGCCUGCGCGGCGCCGCCGUCGAGGGCGCCGAGCUGGAGGGCGCGGCGCAGGGGCUGGCGGAGGCGAUGGCCGCGGCGGCGCCGGAGAGGCUGGAGGCGCUGAUGGACGAGCUCGUGGCCUCGGGCCCGCAGCUGGGCCCGCUCACCGCGCUGGCGUACCUGCCGCGUGCGAUGGCGGGCGCGCCGGGCGGCGCGGGCGCCGUGGCGCGAGCGCUGGGGCCCAUGGGCGACGCGCUGGCGGAGGACGCGGAGGCUACGCGUGAGGCGGGGCGCCAGGGCCUCUUGGCGGCGGUGGAGGCGGCGGCGGACGAGGCCAGGGCGGCCGCGGUGGCUGGCCGCCUGGAGGAGGUGCUGCGCAUGGGCGACGCGCGGGCGCGCGCGAUCGGCGCGGAGGUCGCCUGCGAACUGCUGCCGCGGCGGCAGUGCGCGGGCGAGGCGCGCGGCAGCCUGGUUGCGGCCAUCGUGCUCGGGCAGGCGGACGCUUCCGCGCCCGCGCGGAAGGCCGCGGAGAAGGCCUGGCGGGCGGCCACGGACUCGGCGCAGGGGACCCCGGGCAAGCAGCUGAAGGACCUGCGCCCGCGCCUGCUUCAGCGCCUGGCGGCCGACGCCUGCGGCGUGGAGGCCGUCGCGGCGGCGCACGCCGGGCGGGCGGCAGCGCUGCUGCACGCGCGGCUUGAAGCCGGCGGGGCCGGCGGCGUGUUCGACGACCUGGGGCCCAGGAUCCAGGAGGCGCUCGAGUCCGGGGACCCGGCGACGCAGAGGUCGGCCUGCUCGGCUCUCGCCGAGGCCCUCCGCGCCAGCGGCGCCGGGGGCGGCCACAAGGCCCUGCGCGCGCAGGGCCUGGUCGACGCCGCCCGCGGGGCGCUGUGCUCCGACGACGAGUGCGUGCGGGCCGCCGCCGCUGGCUGCUUCGCGGCGGGCCCCGCCGCGAGCUUCGCCGAGCCGCUGCUGGCGUCGCUGUGCGCGGCCGAGGCGGCGCCGUCGGCCGCGGAGCUGAGUGCCCUGCGGCAGCUGCUGGCCGUGGACGCAUCGGGCGCGGCGCUGGCCGCGCUGGUGGCGCGGGCCGGGGCGGCGCCGCACGGCGCGGCGCAGCUGGCCUGCCUCGCGGCGGCCUCGAGCGCGCCCGGGAAGCUCGUGCAGCAGGCGGCGCCGCAGGCGGUUGCCGCGUGCAUCGCGGUGGCCCGGGCCGCGGUGGGCCAGGAGGAGGCCGCGGCGGCCGCGGCGGCGGAGAUCGCUGGGCGCCUGGACGCGGCUGGCGUGGCGGAGGCCGCGGCGGCCGCAGUGGCCAACAUUGAGCGCGGCCAGAGCGACGCCGGAUCGGAGGCUGCCGCGCACGUCCUGCGCGGCAUCUUGGAGGGGGGCCCUGCGGGCGACGUGGACGCCGAGGACACGCUCGACGCACUGCUGGCCAGCGCACUCCUGGCCAGAGGCGGGCGGGCAGCGUCCUUCGCGCGGGCGCUGCAGGCGCUGGCAAAAGCCCGCGGCGCCCCAGCGCUGAGCGAGGCAGCGCCAGCACGCGUGUUGGCGGCGCUGGGGGCCUCCGGCGCCGGCGCCGGCGACCACGUGGCGCCCGAGUCCUUCGAGGCCCUGGCCCCGCUGCUGCAGCAGGGCGUCCUGGCGGCCGCUGGUGCGACGCAGAGGGCGCUCGCGGCGCAGGCGCUGGCGGCGCUGGCGCGGCGCACGGAGGAGCAGACGCUGGCGGCACACGCGGUGAAGUGCGCGGGCCCGCUGGUGCGGGGCCUGGGCGAGAAGGGCGCGGCCGCGGAGCUGCAGGAGGCGCUCGUGUCGGCGCUGGAGGCGCUCCUCGCGAGCUGCCCCCAGGCGCUGAGGCCGCUCGCGCCGGCGCUGCAGACUUCCCUGGUGAAGCUCCUGGACAGCCCCGACGGCCCCCUCCGCGCCGCCGCAGCGCGGGCCAUCGGCGCCCUGGCGCCGGCCGCCGCCAGGCCCGAGGCCCUGGUCAAGAGCCUCGGCAGGCCCCCCCUCGGUGCCGCGCGCCUCGACGCCCUCGCCGCGGCUUUGCUCGCGCUCGGCGGCCAGCGCUGCGCCGCGGAGGUCGCCCGCGAGGCCCAGGCGGCCGUCGACGCCGCGGCGGCGGACGCCGACGAGGAGGUGCGGAGAGCUGGCCAGCGCGCGGCCGGCGCGCUGAGCGGGCACGGCUGAGGAGAGA